AUGGACAAGAGAAGACGAGCAAAAUCUCAAAAAAUUGCACGACAAAAUGAUGAAUUUAAAACAGAAGAUAAUAAAAGAAGAGCAGAAGCUCAUAAAAUUGAACGACAAAAUGAUGAAUUUAAAACAGAAGAAAACAAAAAAAGAGCAGAAGCUCUUAAAAUUAAACGUGAAGAGGAAGAAUACAAAGAGGAAGAAAGAAGAAGAAAUGCAUUGAGAAUGCAAAAUAAUAGAGAUAAAUACAAAAAUAACUUUGAUGUCAUGAAAUCAAAUUAUGCGUUAAAAAUAAAAGAAGGACCUACUCAUAUUUGUAGCUGUUGUGAUGGUUUAUGGUUUGAGUAUUCAAUCAGAGAAUUUACAGCUGAGAUGUUAACAAAUAAAGGAUUAAAAAAAGAAUUUAUCGAUACAGUUUGUUAUCUCAAAAAUACAAUCAUCAAAUUAUGUGUCACAUGCAGAAAGGACAUUAUGUUGAAUAAAGUACCUAAUCUCUGUCUAUCUAAUGGUUUAGCAUUCUAUGAAGUACCGGAUUGAAGAAGAAGAAGAAUACCCUUGCCUUUCGGCUACCUUUCAGUAUAGGGUGCUGUCAAAGGACAGUUUCAAAAGCCCGAUGUUUUUCCUACAACUAUUACUAGCUGCAGCUCUGGACAGAAAGCUGGCCUGACUCAGAGUUCCUCUCGCUUAAUUACUUAAGCUCCCCAUGUACACUGACUAACCACAUACUAGCCACAAGGGCUUGUGUAUGUCACACGUAGUCAGCGUGCUAUCGGAUGGGUAGUCCGAGACAAACAGCCGUUAGUAACUUGUCCAAGGUUAUUCUAUGUCUGAUGGCGCCGAGGUUCGAACACACUAUCUUGUGGAUAUAUGUCGAACAUCUUAACCAUUCAGCCAUAGCGGCGAAGUACCGGAUUGUUUGAAAAUCUUGACUGAAUUAGAAGAAAGAUUAAUAUCGCCAAGAAUUCCUUUUAUGGUUAUUCGAAGUUUAGGUUCUUGUAAACAAUUCGGUCUCAAGGGUAACCUUGUAAAUGUUCCCAUGAAUGUUGAUACAAAUGUUUCAGUAUUGCCCAGAAGUUUUAGUGAUACUCACACGAUUCAAUUGAAACUCAUGAGACAAAUGAAAAAUAAAAAUGCUUUUAUGUAUGAAACAAUUCGACCAAAAGUUGUGCAUAGUGCUGUAAAAUAUUUGGUCGAGCAAGAGCUGUAUAAGGAUGAAGGCAUUGUGAUAUCUCAUGAUUGGCUGAAAGAAUAUUCUAACGAGAGGGAGAAUUUUAUCAUCGAUGAUGAAGAUAAGAAAUUCGAUGAAAAUGAAAACAUUAGCAAAGAUUUUGAUGACG